AUGCCGUUUUUAUCUUUCCUCCAUGCCGACUUCAGUGUGACAUUUACUUCUGACGAUGCUAUGGAAAUGUUUGCUGAUGGUAAUAGUCUCGGAAAGGACAACAGCUGUUGGAGAACUGCUACCUCUUUUGAUGUACCAGGAGAUACCCGAGUUAUGUCAGUGAAGGGAAGUGACAUGGGAGGUUUAUUUGGAAUCCUCGGCUCCGCUAAUAACGGACUAAUAACUAAUGAAGCCUGGAAGUGCACCAGUGUUCUGUACCCUGGAUGGAAUUCUCUGGAUUUCGAUGACACGAAUUGGCCUUUCGUAAGAGUGAUUGCCAGUCAUAUUGACGAGCCUUGGGGGUUGAUAAAUGGUAUUAAGAAUACAACGAAGUGGAUAUGA